AUGACUAACCCAAUUCCAAUUCGUCCAUGGUCUCGCUUGGCCUCUCUAAGAUCAGUUCCUGCUCCAGAGUCACAUCCUAAACCUCACACUGCAGAACUUUCUCUUAAAGCAACAAACACCUUUUCUAAUGACAACAAUGAAAGUGCCACAAAAUCUCUUCCAAUAACACCAGAUCUUCACAGCCCAAUUGAACAAAAGCUCAAACUCACUACCCCCAUCACCUUUCCAACUGCCAAAUUGAAGGCUCAGCCUCAAAUUGAAGGGAACAUUGAAAAGCCUGAUGGAAAUGGCAAUGGCAUUGGCCAAAAAAAUGAAAAAGAGGUUAUGAUGACAACCAAAGAAAACGAAUUAAUGAAAGAGAAAGGUAUUCACACCAAGCUUUCGGGUUCUGGGGGUCAAUAUGGCAUAAGGGUCAUAACAAUUUCAGGGGAAAAUAAAGGUGCAUGCAUUCAAAUAACCAAAUCCCACAAGAAACCCUUUCACAAAAUGAGAUCCCUGUAUGCUAACAGCAAUGUGCAGUGUGUCAACAACUCAAUGGUGUUCCACACUAGUUUAACACACCAUGAUCCAGGAGUGCACCUUAUUAUCCCAAAAAAACAAUUUGGCGAGGGAUUAAUCCAUCUCAAGGAACGUGAUAGUGGUCAGCGCAAUUGA